AAGUUCGGACCCGGGAAUUCGGAAGGAGGGGUCGGGGCUGCCCGCGCGCGGAGGCCGCGCCCCUCCUGGCCCCGGCUUCUUGGCUGUCAAACAGCUGCGGGAGCGCCGGCUCCGGCCGAGGAGCCCGAGGGGUCCCUGAGCCGCUGCACAGGCUGGCACUGCCUGAAGAGGAGAACACUCGUAGACUGCACCGCGUGGAUCUGAGGCUCUCCGAAUAUUUUGCUACCUGAGGAUCCAGCUCAGCUGAGGUGCCAUAGGACAUGUUCCUGUUCCUGUUUUUGCAUUGCAACAAGACCUUCCUGGGAUUUUUCAGUUGCAAGUCUGCUUAACAACAAAUUUUGCAUUGAGUGCCUAGACUGCUUGCACUCUGAAUUUGCACUACUCAGGUAGUGUUGUCAAAGUUGAAAUUGCACAGUUCAAGUUUGCAUCAGAAUGGAAAGUGAACUUAAGCCUGCAGUGCAUGGCCCAGAAGUGGGAGAGGUGACGGAUGCCUGAAGUGGAAGAAGUGGUGCAGAGGGGGCACCGCCCAUGCUGCCCUGCUUCCAGCUGCUGCGAAUAGGGGGCGGCAGGGGUGGUGAUCUCUACACCUUUCACCCCCCCACUGGAGCUGGCUGCACCUAUCGCUUGGGCCACAGAGCCGAUCUGUGUGAUGUGGCCCUGCUACCCCAGCAGGAGCCUGGCCUCAUCUCUGGGGUCCACGCGGAGCUGCAUGCUGAGCCCCGGGGUGAUGACUGGAAGGUCAGCCUGGAGAACCACAGCAGCCAAGGGACUUUGGUCAAUAACGUCCGACUCCCAAGAGGUCACAGGCUGGAGUUGAGUGACGGAGACCUCCUGAUCUUUGGCUCUGAAGGGCCCCCAGGAACCAGCCACUCAGAGUUCUACUUCAUGUUCCAACAAGUCCGAGUCAAACCUCAGGACUUUGCUGCCAUUACCAUCCCACGGUCGCGAGGGGAAGCUGGGGCUGGAGCUGGUUUCCGGCCCAUGCUGCCCUCCCAGGGGGCUCCACAGCGGCCUCUCAGCACCCUCUCCCCUGCCCCGAAGGCCACGCUGAUCCUCAACUCCAUCGGCAGCCUCAGCAAGCUCCGGCCCCAACCCCUCACCUUCUCCCGGAGUGGGGGUGGGCCAAAGAGCCCACCUGUUCCCACCCCACCUGCAGAAGUGGAGCCCACCCCUUCUGCCCCAGCACCACGAAAUCGGAGGAAAUCUGUUCACCGAGUGUUGGCAGAGCUGGAUGACGAGAGUGAGGCUCCCGAGAGCCCCCCACCAGUCCUUAUGGAGCCCAGGAAGAAACUCCGUAUAGAGAAAGCCCCACUGACACCCAGUGGAAAUCGCCGCGGCCGUCCUCGGAAGCACCCAGUGAGUGCUCCCCUGGCUCCCCACGCAAUUGGAGGUGGGGAACUCUGUGCAGCUCCUUGUUGCUGCCUGCCUCAAGAAGAGACAGUGGCCUGGGUUCAGUGUGAUGGGUGUGACGUUUGGUUCCACGUGGCCUGUGUUGGCUGCAGCAUCCAGGCUGCCAGGGAGGCUGACUUCCGGUGUCCAGGGUGCCAGGCUGGCAUGCAGACCUAAUGUCCGGCAUCAGAUGACACAGCU